CUGUGGGGGGCGGGAACUGAACUCACUGUUGAGUUUAACAUCCACUGAACUGGUGAUGAGCAGCACAAGUAACCCGGAGGAGACACGAGGAACACGGAGAACAUAAAGCGGAUUAAUCGAUAUUGUUGUUUUUUUGUGUGCCUUUAACAUGAAUACAAUGGGUCCAAUAAGUUUGCUGCUGGUUCUGGUGUGUGCAUGCUCUGCCUGGGCUGCAGAUAAUAACAGCAGUUCACAAGUCCGGACCUUUACGAUGUUUAAACCUUCAGGCACAGAUGAACCGAUACCUUCAGAUUACCUUUAUGAAGAUGACACCGAGCGGAAUCGCUUUAGAAGUAAUAGGGUGCAUAAUCGGACCAUCCUCAUCAGGCCAGACAUCUCUGAGGAGGCUCUGCUGUUUCUAAAGAGCCCCAUGUCCACCAUCCUCAUGCCAUCCUUCUACACGCUGGUCUGCCUCAUCAGCAUUCCCAUCAACAUCUGCGCGGUGCUGGCCUUCGUUCGGAGGAUCCGGCCUAAGAAGCCGGCGGCAAUCUACAUGCUGAACUUGGCCUGUGCUGACCUAGUCUUUGCCGCGCUGCUCCCCUUCAAGAUCACCUACCACUUUGGCAGCAACAACUGGAUAUUCGGCGAGGUCAUGUGCCGCGUGGUCACUGCAGCCUUCUACUGGAACAUGUACUGCUCUGUUCUCCUCAUCGCCUGCAUCAGCGUGGACCGGCUUCUCGCUGUAGUCUACCCUAUCGACUCCCUGUCUUGGAGAAGGCCACGGAACGCAACCAUAGCCUGUCUCGCCAUGUGGAUAAUAUCCUUCGCUGGGUCGGUGCCCCUCGUCCUCUCCAACCAGACCGUCCACCUGAGUCAGUUGGACAUCACCACCUGCCAUGAUGUCCAGUCCUCAGAUGAGCUGAUCUGGCGCCACAGGUUCUAUUUCAUCACCAUCUGCUGCGCCCUCUUCUUCCUGCCUCUGCUGGUCAUCGUGGUGUCCUACGCCCGGGUGAUCUGGGCGCUGAGCAGAGUCUCACGCAGCGUUCCAGGUCGCUCUCGCAGAAGAACCAGAGCGGUGGUGAUGGCUUUAACCGUGCUGGUGAUGUUUGUGCUGUGUUUCACACCCACAAACUGUCUGCUUCUAGCACACUACCUGCAGUUCAACGAGGGAGUGGAGAGCAGCCGGGAGGCCCCCGAUGGCUCCUACACAGUCUAUCUGGUCUUCAUGUGUUUGGGGAGUAUCAACUGCCUCCUGGAUCCUCUGGUCUACUACUUUGGAUCAUCCCAGUGCCAGAGGGAACUAUCCAACGCGCUGAGGUGUCAGAAGAUCAAACAGCGCGGUAGCAUCAGUCAGUCGUCGUCUAAUUCAUGCAGAUCCAGCAGCAGAACAAUCCUGAAAUCCAGCCACACAGAAAGCUCCAACACAAACAGUCAAGUCACCAAAAUGGACCCUUUCCAAGACAACCUCAACAGCCAAUACAAGAAGCUGCUAGUCUGAUAGAGCAGACGCUAAUCAGAAUGACCUAACUGACUGAUUUUAAAGUUAUGAAAUAUUUUAUUAUGAAGUCCAAGUAAGCGGUUUAUCCUCCUGUAGUUCAUGGUUAAGAUGAAGGGAGGUAGGGCUGAGCAAUAUGGCCAAAA